GACGUCAGCUGAGCCCUGUCUCUCCUGUUUCCUCGGGCAAGGAAAUCCUCCGGCUGUGCAGACUCUACCGGCAGUCGGGUUGGACCGGGGUGAGUGGCUGCAUUUGUUCCUGGGCGGGCCGAUGCAGCUGGGCAGGGGCAGGUCGCCAAUGCCAGGAGGAAGGAAGGACCAGCCACAAGAGGCUGCAAGGCGGCGGACCGUGCCAGCGCCUCCGGAUUCGGGCGCUCCUGCUGUGCCCGCGCCGGGGUCGUGGUCGUAGCCCGGCUCCCUUCUCCCAUGGCUCCCACUGGCGCCCUUGGGCACCUCAGCCUGGCGCUGGGAGCGGCGGUGGCCGCCUUGGGAUCCCUUCUUUUCAUCGCCUGGAAACUUUACUUCCGAGACGUCAACGACAGCAGCGUUGGCUGGAGAGGGCGCUGGGAGCAGCAGCUGGCGCGGGAACUCGGGCGCAGCAUCCCUAAUGGGGACAAGCCACAUCCCUGUGAAUUUCAGGUUUUGGUACUAGGUUUGGAUGGUGCUGGAAAGAGCAGUAUUCUUCACUAUGUCUCUAAUUCAGAAGCCAAACGGUGCAUAUUCCCCACUCAGGGCUUCAAUUUUGUGCAACUUCAAGAUAGUGGACUCCAGGUGGACCUUCUGGAAGUUGGUGGCAGCCAGAACCUACGUUUCUACUGGAAUCAAUACCUGAGCAAAGCCCACAUUUUGGUGUUUGUUGUGGAUGCUGCAGAUAUUCCACGCCUUCCCACUGCCCGGCAAGAGCUGCACUGUCUGCUAGCUGAGGAUGCUCAGUUACCUCUAAUUGUGUUGGCCAACAAACAGGACAAGAAAGAUGCACUGAGCGUAGCAGAAUUACACAAUGAAUUGGCCUUGAAUACCUUGAAUGACCAGAGGGAAUUCUUUCUCCUACCUACAAGUGCUACUUAUGCAGGUCUGGCCACUGCAAACAGCGUUCUCCAUCUGAAGAAUCUGCUGAUCAAACUUCUUGCACAGAUCUGAAAAUUCUGGGACAUUGCCAAGAUAUUCGAGCCUCAUGGACAUUCGGGAUUUUACUUCUUGUAUCAGCUACUUAGGGUAUUUUAUAUGUAUAGCUCA